GCGUACGUGCGCUUCAUUUGCGUCGUGACGUCCUUCCUUCCUCCUUUCCUCUGCUACCGGCGAGGUGAGAUAGCUAAAAAAUGUCUGUCUGUGUUUCAUCUAAACUCAUCUGUGUCAAUUAAAGACGCUAUUUGCUAAACUGUCAACUAUCCGUAGCGUAAAGUAUUGUAUUUCACCAUCCGAGCUGUAUUUUCCCCAUUGAGUGAGUUAAGAUAUGUAAUUUGGUGGAUGGUUAGAUCAGUGUUGUUCACGGCCUGCUGUUGCUGCCCCGUCUUUACUGAGGGCCGCCAUGGGUGUAACAAUAUCGUUGUGAAAAGAUGGUUUUCGGCGUCAUUUAAGACGUGUAAUGCGCAGAGUAGUGAUGUGUGAAGUUAUAUUGGUAAAUUCAGUGAAGUGUGUCAGCUCUAGUCUCGCUGCUCAUUGGAGCUAAUAGCGCAGAUGCUAACUAAAAUAACACAGUCUGGAUGUAUUAGUGUCUCACUUCACAGAGGUUACAGUUAAACUAAAUCUGGUAUAAUAUAACUCUACAGCAGUGUCUGUCAGCAACAGAUUUUGUCCUGUGAUUGUUUCACCAUGAAAUCUGAGGUGUGGGGAGUAAAGUUGUCAGGUGUGAUCAGAGUUUAUAAGAAGAGGUCAUUGAACGCAUCAUUUGUGUGUUUUUCGUGUGUAGAAUGAAGACCAUUCUCAGCAGUCAGACUGUCGACAUCCCCGACAAUGGUAAGAAUCAGCAUACUUCUACACACUCGGACCAGGACUCUGAUGUAGUCAUUUCACUUGUACCUGUGUAGUGUGCACCCCCUUAUUAUUAUCGUGUGUGUGUGUGUGUGCGUGUGUGUGUGUGUGUUUCCCUUCAUGUGAUGUGAUGGCACAGUCGAGGUGAGGUUGAAGGGGCGGACAGUGAUCGUCAAGGGGCCCCGUGGCCAACUCGUCAGGCCGUUCAACCACAUCAACCUGGAGCUCAGUCUGUUGGGCAAAAAACAGAAGAAGGUAAGGUCCAUCAGGCCUUUUUUUACCUCUUAUCAGGUAGCAUGUAAUGUUUUUCCAAUGCUGUAUAACACGUGGUUUUCAGGAGAAGUGUCAGAUUAAAUCAGUAAAUUAUACAUUAAUUCGAGCUCAAUAUAGUUAAAGGGAAAUUCUGAUGUAAAAUUAAGUUAGGGUCAAACACACCCUAACACAAGGGUAGACACCCUCUCGUGAGAUGAAUGUUGCCGACCACUUGUUUCUCUAGUUAUACCAACUUUAGUAAUGACCGCUAGGAAGAACAUUUGUGAUCAUUUCUUCAUGGAAAUACAGUCAGACCAAGACGCUAAGGCAGAAGAACUACUGCCCCUGCAGUGCAAAAUGAUUAAUAUGGUGAUUAUUACUUAAAGGAAAUUAUAAAGAAAUGAUCACAAAUGUUCUUCCUUGAGCUGCGUCACCCCGCAGCAGUCCAUAAUGGACUGGCCUGAGGUCUCACGACAAACAAGCGACGGCUGUGUAUUGCUAUCAUGUGGUCGUUACUAAAGUUGGUAUAACAAGAGAAGCAAGUGGUCGGCAACAUUCAUCUUUCAAGGGGGUGUCUAACUCGGUGUUGCGGUGUGUUUGACCCCAAAUGAAUUUUACGCCAUCCCUUUAAGGAACAAAGUGUUACCCUCCUGAUCACAUUGAGAGAAUAUGUGUAACUCAGUUUUAGCUGCAUUUACCUUCAUCAACUGUUAUACAUGGCUGGACAUUGUUAAUGUUAUCUCAGACACAGAGUAAGCAACCUGCUUUAUCAGAAUACACUGAUGUUUAAAAGGUAUUGAAUGCAAGGGUCCUUCAAGGCUCUGUUUAAACGGUUUGAUACUUUUAUAAGUCAUAGAUGGUUGUUUUCUUGGUUAAAAGUCAAAAUCCAGGAGUCACAUCGAAUUAUAUCAUGUUAACGUCUUUGGGGGAAGAUUUAUCAGGAGUUUUUAAGUUAGAAAGUGGUGUUAACUGUGCUGUGUGGUUUCUCAGCUUCGUGUGGAUAAAUGGUGGGGAAACAGGAAGGAGCUGGCCACAGUCCGCACCAUCUGCAGCCACGUCCAGAACAUGAUCAAGGGAGUCACUCUGGUGAGGAAGCAGUUUGAUGACUUCCAGUCUUCAUACCUUAAUCAGAAUCUGAUGCUAUUUCAUUCUUUUGUAGAUGCUCAUGUUUUAGAGAAAACUUAUCUUUGUCUGACUGCAGGGUUUCCGCUACAAAAUGCGAUCAGUGUACGCCCAUUUCCCCAUUAACGUCGUCAUUCAGGAGAGUGGAACCAUGGUGGAGAUCAGGAACUUCCUGGGAGAGAAAUACAUUCGUCGUGUCCGCAUGAGGACUGGUGGGUUUGCUGCUAGUUAGUGGAAUAUUGGGACAAAUAUAAUUGGGCACUUCUAAUUUUUUAUUUGUAAGAUUUAAGUUUCUGAUUUGUAACAUUUGCAAGGGAGUAAACUUGAGCUUUGACAGUGGGGCGUCACUAUAAAUGAACACAUAAUGUCACAGAAGAUAUCAGAAAUGUUUUUUAUAAUUUUUUUUUACCUAAAGUAUUUACAAAGUGACUGUCUUUUCUGUAACUUAUAGAUUGAAAAAGCCAAUCAAAUGUGAAAACUAUGAAAAUUCUUAAGUGAGUUUUGUGGGAGGCCUGUGUGAGUUUUGAGCUCAUUAAUCCUCUCUGUGCAUGAAGCUGUUCAGCAAUCAUUCUGCGUGAACGAGUCAGUGUAAUGUGCCUCGUGCUCUUGUGUUAUAAGGGGAGCGUCCCACAUCAACAGCAUUUGAGAAACUUUUUUUAGAGUUGAUGCCGGUCGAUUGAUUAUCUUUUCCCCUGCACUCUUCUCUAGGUGUGAACUGCUCUGUCUCAGCGGCCCAGAAGGACGAGCUGGUGCUGGAGGGUAACGACAUUGAGCUGGUUUCAAACUCAGGUACACUCUGCUCUCUGUUUCUCCGCUUCUGUUCACGGUCUAGUCUUUUUUUCUGUCCCGUCAGGGCAGAUCAUUCAUAACACCACCUUCCUGAGAUGUACCUUUUGUAUUUGAGCUUAUUUUUUGUUUGUGGACUCUUCAACACUAAGACGUUGAAGGUUCUUGCCAUGUUAAAGCUCAAUAUUUUUACACUGACACUUUGUGGCUUUGAAACAUAAUGUGGACUUUUGUUACUGAUUUAAUAAACACAAAGAAAGAGGAAAUCUGUAGGUGUCAUGUGGUUGGCAGGUUUGCUGGUAAUUCUUCACCAAAAUUUUAUCCCUUGCUAGUUUAAUAUCUGUCGUCCAGUAAAGUAGGUAGACGUAUCAAACCCUAUUUUCAUGUCUAGAGUUACUUUUCCAUUUCCCUAAUCUAUGAACGUGAGUUUGAUUUAGUCUGCUGUUGUAUGAUAGACCAUUCCUCCAGCCUGAAAGUAAUCUUUUUGUUUUAUCAUUAAAUGUAGAAAUAUCAGAAAUUACAGCCACCUGUGGUGUUGGAUAAAUGACACUGGCUGCUAAACUUUUCUGUUUCAUGGCAUCAAAGUUGCAUAAUGUGCUGAUUUGUGUCUUGAAAAGGUCCUAAAUGUGAGGAUGGAAGCGACAGGCCUUAAACCUGAGCCACUUAGAAACUCUGAACAAAAUCAAACUGCUACAUCUCGUAUUAGUUUGUAUUCCUGCCAAAAAGCAUCAUUUAAUAUUCCCCAGUCUCCUCUGGGACACUGUUAAUGUCUGGGAUUGACUUUUUUUCUCUAUUUUGGUUCUGUACUCGUCACAUUUGACUUAAAAUCUAAAUGAGAUACUUGCAUUUUUCCUUGACACAAAAUUUGAACCACACAGUCAAGUCUGACCUCCAUCCAGCUGCUGAACUAAUGUACACAAACAAAACGAGUACAAGUGACAGACAAGCUGUCACUUUAAAAGUUGGUAUUAAAACGUCAGUCAUACUUGGAACACAGAUGUGGAGUACAGAACCGUAAAUAGAAAGCUGUCACUAUCCCAUCACACCAUGAUUAGUUUUCCUCCAGCCUCCUCUGUGAUUAUUGUGAACCCUGUGUGAUGUGAUGUGAUGUUCAACCUCCCAACCUUCUCUCUGUUCCAGCUGCUCUGAUCCAACAGGCCACCACAGUCAAAAAUAAGGAUAUCAGAAAGUUCUUGGACGGUAUUUACGUGUCUGAGAAGGGAACAGUAGUGGAGCCGGAUCAGUAAAAGUUACAGCUGCACUUGUAGAGGUUAGACAAUGCCGCUGAAAGCCUCCCUUGUUGUUGACCUUUUUGUUGACUGUUUAAUUUAUUUUUUGCAUGUUCUGUUUGAUGUCUUGCUGCAUGUGAAGACAUCUUGUCCUUUUACCUCAAUUGUUCUAGCAAUGUUUAGAAGUUUUCUCUGGCAAUGUAAGCAAAUGUUUUUGUGUGCUGUUUCUCAAAACAUCUUAAUUGGACUGUCUUAUUUAAUUUAAUUUCAGUAUAUUUAUCUUUUCAUAUGACCAGCACUCAAAACUUAAAUGUUUUUCCAACAUAUAUGACAGCCUCAAUUAUAUAGGUUAAUUUAUAGGUUAAGGAUAAUAUAGAAAUCAAUCGAAAGUUUAUAAUGAAUACAUGACUCUUUUAAAUCAUUGAUCCUGUUGGUAAUUUUACAAAUGAAUAAAAUCUUCUGGAUUGGGAACAGUAACAUGUUUUUCUUAUAAUCUCUCAGGUUAGAUUUUACCUCUUUAUUAUUUCUAAAUAUAAAAGUAGUUCUGUAACCAUGGAUAUGCUGUUUAAAAAAAGAAUGAAGUUGUUUAUGAAAUGUUAAUGUUUUAGUGUCAUUGUCCCAAAGCAACUGAGAAAUGAGCUAAAUUUUCUCAGUAUCAGCACUGUUAUAAUUGGGGUACUAAACCUCUGUUGGUGAAAUGAUGGUCAGUGUUUUGUGAGUCCUUUUGACGACAAAAUUCUACCAAAAUUUAUUUUUUUACACUUGAAGGGGAUCAUAUUCAGUCUUUGUCCAUGCUGUGAUCACCUGAUGUUACUUAACCAACUGAAUCUUACACGUUUUCCUCUCGUUUCUUUUCAGCGGCCUUGAUCCAACAGGCCACUACGGUCAAAAAAAAGGACAUCAGGAAGUUCCUGGAUGGCAUCUACAUCAGUGAGAAGACCACUGUAGUGGAGCAAGAUGUUGAAUAAUAACCACCAUGUCCUGUUGUGACCAAUAAAGUUACCAUCUUUUCCAUUUAACCUGACACCUGUUUCAUUCUUUGAAAACCAAAAAUAAAUAAUUUAUAACAUCAAUUAUGACAUGGGGAUCAUAUAUUCAGUACAGAUCAUAGAGAGGACCUCAAGGCUUCAUAGACAGUCAUAGUUCCUAUUGCAUUCUUAUUCGUUGGUCCAGUUAAGUAUUUUAAAAUAUAUCUUCAUUUCAUUUUUAAACUGGUGGAUAUUUGGUUUCUUUUUAGACCAUUUAAAUUUAUGUAUAUAAAAUCGUCUAUACAAAGUAAAAAGGUUUAACAAAAAAAUAUGACUUUAGUCCAUGUUCUUUUUUUCAAAAUAAAUAUCU